AGACAAGGGAUUUCACUACUGGUUUUCUUAAAUCAGUAGUGAAAAGUAGAUACGGUGGCAUUGUUGUAAUUACGUUGAAAUUUGUUUUAAUUGAAUUUCACUACUGAUUUAGUAUUCACCCGUAGUGGAAUCCCUUAACUGAGAAUUAAUUAUAUGUUGUUCUUUUCAUUCAAUUCAUUCACGCAGCGUUCGUUUUUUCAUCCAAACGCAGCGAAACGCAUAGUGAGCUAGACUUCGUCUUCUUCGUCCCACAAAUCCCAAAUCGUGACUUCGAAAUCCCAAAUCAUGGCAUAAAACUCUUUGAAAUCCCUAAAGCCCAAAUCCCUAAAUCCGAAAUCACAGAAAACACAUAAAAUUCUUCUCUUUGAAACCCUAAAUCCCUAAAUCGUCUUCUUCGAUCUCUUUGAAACCCCAAACCGUAUUCCUUCUCCCACCCUCCGCCGCCGUCGCCGUCAGUACCAGGUUGUCGGGAGAGGUUUUCCAAACGGAAUCAGAUCCACACCCAAAGAUUUUUCGUUUGAAGCUUUGGGCUACCAAUGAAGUUCGUGCUAAGUCCAAGUUUUGGUAUUUUAUAAUGGUUGUGAAUUGCAGCAUGGUCCAUAUGAGCGUUUGUUGAACAGGGUUGAAGCGUGUGCUAUUGAUACAUGGCCUCAAUUGGUAACAAUUUCUAUUCCUCUUUAGGAUGGUGUCAGUUUAACCAAGUGCUGAACAUUGAACUGAGCCAAGUCAUUGAGGGCACAAGCAGGCCAACACAUUAUCAUGUUCUUUUGGAUGAGAUUGGCUUUUCCCCAGAUGAUUUACAGGAGUUUGUGCACUCGGUUUCUUAUGUAUAUGGUGUGAGUCCAUUUACGCCAUUGAAAGGACUCUUUAUUCAAGGUCCUGUCUUCAUUAGUUUUUUUCUUGCGAUAACCAACAUGGCUGAAAAAAUGCCAUCAUUCAAGCAUGGUGGAGCUUUAUGGUUUGCUGAUCUCUCAACUCCAGAUGCCUUAUACAUUUUUCCAGUUUUAACUGCAUUGUCAUUCUUAGUAGUUGUAGAGUGUAAUAUGCAAGAAGGAAUGGAAGGAAAUCCUGUGGCUGGCACCAUGAAAAAUUUCUCAAGGGUUCUUGCUCUUCUUUCAGUUCCUUUCACCAUGAGUUUUCCGAAGGGAGCAAAGGAAAAUGGCAUCUCAUUCUCAUGCUCAGGCUUAUAAUAAUGCUAAUACUACUGGGUGUCCGUCUGCUCCAAUUGGAAAUUCAGUUAUAAGAUUGAAAGCUCCACCCUCUAUUGCAUCUUAUCCUCGGAAGAACAUACCGCACAGCCAAGAUUCUCUGAGUUCUAUUCAAAUUCCUUCUUCAAUGCCUCUGAGUAAAAUAGGCCCGCAAUGUAACUGUGGAUGCAUACGGCUUGUUAUCAUCAUCAUCAUGCUUAUUAUCAUCAUCAUGUGGCACUCGCAUGCAGGUGUUAGAUAUGCUUGAAGAUGCUUGUGAAUCAUUGCUAGAAAACAUUAAUGGGCUCUCUGCUUGUUCCCUCUCCUCAAAGAUGCUGGUGCUUUGUGGCUUUAGAUGAUUUUGAAUUUAGUUUCUUAGUCAUUUCCUACGUAAAGUUCAAACUUAAUGGGCUGUAUGCUUGGAAUUAGACUAGAUAAUUAGUGAUAAUGUUAAGCAUUGACUUUUAAUGUGUUGAAUGUAACUUGUUAGGAAUUGACAAUGACUUGUGGAAAAUAAUAUUCGGAAUUAUG